AUGACAGCCAAGGUGUAUCCUGACGGGCCUGUUGCCAGUGGCGCCUUGAAUUUCACCCUCGCUGAUGCGCCAAACGCGUCGAGUUACUGGGAAGCCAUCGACCUGUUCUUUCAGCAAAUGCCAUCUCUCGUCUUGGAUCGGAAUUCCUUGCAACUGGAAAUCGAAAACAACACCUUCAACGUUUUCGGCAUCACACUCCCUGACCAGGACGUCUCAGUUCUGCAGCCUCUAGCAGCACCUUACCUCACUGAGCUAGAGAGGCUUGAUAUUAGCUACAGCUUCGGGACCAGUCCCUUGGCCAGCUUCGUCGACUACUUCGCUAGUAUCAUGGGCCCGUUGCCCUACGGUCCCUAUACGCCCAACGAGAUAUGGGUUAAUCGGCUCGUGCCACUCUCAGUAGUGCUCGAACCUACAGCGAAUAGCCAACUCAUGGAGGCCUUUAACGGCUGUGGCCGACGGCACCUUCCUCAUUGGCUGCAACGCCUGACUGCCUUUUGGGACUAUGAGGCUACGCUUGAGGAAAACUUGGCCGUCAAGGAGAAACUCGUAAGUGUGCAUACUCCGGCCAUCGAGGCAGCUACUCCGGGCUCGGGGGUCUACCUCAACGAAGUCGAUCCUUGGUAUAGGGGAGACUGGAAGCAGUAG